GUGGAAAUCAGCCGCGCGUCGUCGCAUCCAGCGGGAUGGAGAGACGCCGCUGACGGAGGUCCCGGAGCUUCCCCCCCUUCUCCCGAUAACAACAGGUGUGGAGCGCCGAGCCCGUCUUCCCUCCGGAGAUCUUUGAGCACCGGACAAAGAGCUGGAGCCGCGACGAUCAAGCAUGGACGUGCCCAGGAUGGCCGAGGGCCUGUUCAGCAGCACGCUGUCCUCGUCGGGCGGCGGCCACCACGUGCCGUCGUACCUGACGCUGGAGCAGAAGGCCGCCUUCGUCUUCGUGCUGCUGCUCUUCAUCUUCCUGGCGCUGCUCAUCGUGCGCUGCUUCCGCAUCCUGCUGGACCCGUACCGCAGCAUGCCGUCGUCCAACUGGACUGACCACACCGAGAAGGACACGUUCGACUACCGCAUCGUCUGAGCGGCGGCACAGAGCGA